ACACGGAAGACCAACCAACCAAGAACGCCCAGCACAUAAAAACUAAAAGUUUCAUUAGUUAUAAUCAACAAAUCAUUCUUUCCCAUUUUCUUGAACGUGAUGCCUCUCCAUUUCCUCGCAUGUUUUAGACUCUUUUUGUCAUUCAGAAGUGAAGAUUGAAGAAAAUUUUGUGGUUUUGUUGGCUUUUCAACCUCCUAUGACUGAAUCCUAGGUGACGUGCUAUACCGAGUUGCAUUAUGGAUCAUCAAGUAAAAGACCAUGUUCGAUUCAACAAUUCAAAUUUAUCCAGUGGUGGUGAUGUUUUUGAACCCAGUUCGAGUAAUGCUAAGCAGAGGGCAACUUUGGUAGAAUGGUUAAACAGCAUUCUUCCGGAUUUGAGUUUGCCAAUAAAUGCUUCAGACAAGGAAUUACAAGGAUUCUUGGUGGAUGGAACUGUUCUGUGUCGAAUUCUGAACAAACUAAAACCUGGUUCUGUGACUGAGUUGAAUGGUUCUGGUCCUUCAUAUUCACAGUCGGAAAAUGUUCAAAAGUUUUUGUCAGCUAUGGACGAAAUGGGGCUGCCGAGAUUCCAAGCAGCAGAUCUGGAAAAGGGAUCUAUGAAAAUUGUCGUGGACUGUCUUUUAACUCUUCAAACGCAAUUUACGCCAAAUGUUGGAAGAUAUAAUGGAAGUGAUGCCAGUAAAAGAUGGAAACUGAUAGGAGAGCGUAUAGGGAGUCGUGAGGGUUCUACAAGGGAAGUUCCUUUCCAAUCACUCUCUGUUUCUUCCCCAACUUCUGAAGAGAGGCGAAGGGUAGUAUUGUCAGAGUCAAAGUUUCAGCGUGCAGUACGUAGUCCCACAAUGGCAGAGCCAUCAGCUGCACUUAUAAAUCACGUCGGACACAAGUUUCAUGAAGUUUUUCAGAUCAAACACGGAUCUUAUACAGAUCUUUCUCCCGGAAAGCUUUCAGAAAUGAUGAAAUCAAACAGCUUGGAUAAUGCCCCGACUCAGUCACUUUUAAGUGUUGUGAAUAGUAUUCUAGACGAAAGCAUUGAACGGAAGAAUGGGGAAAUACCUCAUCGCGUUGCUUGCCUAUUGAGAAAAGUUGUGCAGGAGAUUGAGCGACGAAUAUCCACUCAAGCAGAGCACCUGAGAACGCAAAACAAUCUUUUUAAGGCUCGUGAGGACAAAUACCAAUCAAGAAUUAGAGUUCUAGAAGCCCUUGCAACAGGGACUGGUGAAGAGACACAGAUAGUUAUGAAUCAGCUCCAGCAUAUUAAGAGUGAGAAGAGCAAGAUAGAAGAAAGAAAGAAAGUCGAGGAGCAAGAUGCAAUAAAAUUGAUGAAAGAGAAGGAUGAUCACAAUCGAGAGAUUGCGAUCUUAAAGCAAGAACUGGAAAUAGCUAGAAAAACAUAUGAACAGAAAUGUUUGCAAAUGGAAACAGAAUCUACAGGAUCCCACCAAGAGCUUGAGGAGAGGUUGAAGGAACUUGGGAACCUUCUUACCGAGUCAAGAAAUAAAGUGAAACUACUUGAAGCAUCUACAGAAUCAAAAUCUGAAAAGUGGAACAAGAAAGAAAACAGUUACCGUAAAUUUACUGAAGUUCAGCUUGUUGCACUACGUGAAAUGAGGACAACCUCUCAAUCGAUCCAUGAAGAGGUCGUUAGAAUACAGAAGAGCUAUUCGGAGGAAUUCGGCCAUUUAGGAAUGAGAAUGAAGGCUUUGGAAGAAGCAUCCAAAAGCUAUUAUUCACUUCUUGCUGAAAACCAAAAGCUACAUAAUGAACUUCAAGAACUAAAAGGAAACAUUAGGGUCUAUUGCCGGAUAAGACCCUUUUUACCUGGGCAGGCAGGGAAACAGUCAGUCAUUGAAUACAUUGGUGAAAAUGGGGAGCUAGUUGUUUUAAAUGCUUCCAAGCAAGGGAAAGAAGGCCGUCGUUCGUUUAAGUUCAACAAAGUGUACGGUCCAACAGCAACACAAGCGGAGGUUUUUGUGGAUACACAACCUUUGAUACAAUCAGUUUUGGAUGGAUAUAAUGUAUGCAUAUUUGCAUAUGGUCAAACUGGUUCAGGGAAAACCUACACCAUGACUGGCCCUGAAGGAGCAACCGAAAAGGAUUGGGGGGUCAAUUACCGAGCUUUGAACGAUCUUUUCCGCAUCUCACAAGUUAGGAAGAAUACCUUUACAUAUGAAAUUUCUGUCCAGAUGAUGGAAAUAUACAAUGAACAAGUCCGUGAUUUGCUCUCAAGUGACGGUUCACAAAAAAGACUUGGGAUUGUGUCUACAUCCCAACCCAAUGGGUUAGCUGUUCCAGAUGCUUGCAUUCAGGUUGUCAACUCGCCCUCUGAUGUGCUGGAACUGAUGGAUAUUGGACUAAAAAAUCGAGCUACUGGUUCAACUGCCUUAAAUGAAAGAAGCAGUAGAUCACACAGUAUUGUAACCAUUCACAUCCGUGCUGUGGAUCACAAGAGCGGUUCUUCUUCACAUGGCAGUCUUCAUUUAGUAGAUCUUGCAGGAAGUGAAAGAGUUGACCGUUCUGAGGUUACGGGAGACAGACUGAAAGAGGCGCAACAUAUAAACAAAUCUUUAUCUGCCCUUGGAGAUGUCAUCACGGCAUUGGCACAAAAAAAUGCUCAUGUUCCAUAUAGAAACAGCAAGCUUACUCAAGUCCUUCAAAGUGCAUUAGGUGGCCAUGCAAAGACGCUUAUGUUUGUACAGCUUAAUCCCGAAGUUACUUCGUGUAGUGAAACCAUAAGUACCUUAAAAUUUGCGGAAAGAGUUUCUGGAGUUGAGCUUGGUGCUGCGAAGAGCAGCAAAGAUGGCAGGGAUGUCAGAGAAUUGAUGGAACAGGUAGCAUCUCUUAAGGACACCAUAGCUAAAAAGGAUGAGGAGAUUGAGAGGCUGCAGCUGCUAAAAGAUCUCAAAAAUGUGUCCCCCUCGAUGAGGUAUGGAUCUACUUCUCCGAGCAAAUAUUCCACGAGUGGGACUCCUCAGAGAAGCUUAAAAAUAUUGAAAGGAUUGGAAAAAGCAGCUUCUGAUGAGGAAAACUACUCAGAGGGUAGAGAUAAGCAUUCCGUAAAUAGUUUUCAGAAAGAUUCUCCUGGGCGAUCAAAUGUUGCUGGAGAGAAUAUAGGUCAGAAUUUCUCUGCAGAUGCUGAGGUCUUAGGUUACAGCAAUGCAGAUAAUGAAGAGAGACAUGGGGAUAUAUCUGAUAGUGUUCUUUCUAUGGGAACAGAAACUGAAGAAAGCAGUCUUUCUCCGGAGGAAGCAAAAAAAGCUGAGAAUACUGAUAAACCUAAAUCAGAAGCUAGAAUUCAACGACCCCCGGUAAAAUCGACGAGGGAUUCUCUCAAGGGACAAACUGAGUUACGAAAAUCUGCCAGUGGAACGAAUUUAUCGAGCAAGAUUUCAAGAAGAUGGCAAUAAUAAUAAAAUAGUCGCAUUUUUUCCUUUUUCUUUUCCGUCUUUGUGGUGUAUGAUCACUAUUUUGAUCCACCGGCACCAUUAUUUCUUUUCGUUCCAUUUCACUGUGUACCGGUUGAAAAUUUUCCUCUUUUUUUAUUAACUUUCAAUUUUUUAAAAGGGCUAUCGUAUAGUCCUUUUAUGGCAGUUUUAUAAUCUUCUUUGUAGGUAUUAUUUAACCUUUUUGUAACUGUACAGUUCUAGAAAAUUGUACUUUUAGCAACUCAAUUUAUACCAUGCAAAUAAAAGUAGAAAAUUUAUCUCUAGCUUAAUUAAGCGUGUUGCUUGUACAUGUUUGAUUCAUCUGGAUGAUAAUGGACAAUGUUGAUACUCGGAUCUGAUUGGGACUUAGCGCAUAUACAUAUUUCGUCUCCACUACUCUCAUGCAUAUGUCACUUACCCAGUUGGAGCUAAGCAAAGGACACUUAGAGGGACGAGGAUCCCUGUGCCGGAGAACAAGGCUGCAGCAGAGAGCAUAAAUGUAUCGGAUGCUCUUGAGGAGGUAGACGACUCCUAAGGCUGGCACAGGAUAGUCGACCUAGCAGAAGGGCAAGGCAAAGGUGACAGCGGCCCAAGCUCCUCAAAAAAUCCAACUUCUGAUCGAAGCUAUUGAUGCCGCUAUUGAGGAGGCGGAGAGUCUGAAGGAAAUUGAUGUCAAUGCACAAAGAAGGAUGCUAAAGGGUCUCACCAGCAAAUGCUGGCUGUAUCUACUAAUGGGGCCAUUGUACUUGAAGAUUUUUACCCGCCACAAAGGUUCAGAGAACCGGCAAAGUCGAGGCCUAGAAAGGUGGUGUGACGAGGCAGCUUACAAGGAAACAGGCGGUGGAGUUGAUUAGGGUGUACAGAUCUGACCCUGAAGCUAUUUCCACCCCCAUACAGUUGCCGGAGCUUGUGCCUUCCAAGAGCAUUUUACAAUGAGGUGGCUAGGCUUUGAAUUUUGCUAGCCUGCAACAAGCUUUAGAGGCCAUCCCGGGGGGGAAGGGGGGGGGGGGUCGAAGCCAACCAACUAAAGAAAAUGCAAAAAUGGAAUGAGGCAAAGGCCAAGCCAUCAAUGCCUCAGAAUUCGAAAAGAUUACGGGGGUUGCAAGGUAUCUUCUAAGAACGUGGAUGCCUCAAAAGUUGCUCAAGACAUAGCCUCCCAGGCCCUAGAGUAGGCCAACAAGAAAAACCAGAAGCUGGAGGUGGAGGCGAAUGUCCAUGAUAAAGAGAAUGAGGAUUUGAAGUUCAAGCAUAGAAGGAGGUCAAGGAGAAAGUGGCCUUCUAGACAGUUGGAAUCCCUGAAACAUAAGAGAAUAAACUGAAGGAAGAGGUGGAGGUACUGAAAGCCAUGGUGAAAGCAGUUGCAGAGGAAAAGAAAUACAUUGAACUUGUAUGGAAAGUUUUGCUAGCCAGGGCCAUCAUGAGGUCUUGGACUGAUUAUGAGCUGCAGAGCACCACAGAUGGUUCGUCAGAGGCGUUUAGCCACUCAUUCCAAGUUGAGAGCUUGUGUAGGUUAGGUUGAGGAUAUCACCCCCUAGUUG